CACCGGGGAUCCGUAAGGGACAACUCCGCCAUGAAGUUCUCUGACCACUUAUCGGUCCAUCUCACUCCGGAAUGGAGGAAGCAGUAUAUAAACUACAAGGCACUAAAGGACGUGCUGUAUGAAGCGGCCGAUAAAAGCUUCGCUCCAGAAGAUUGUGAUGCCUCCACCAUCCAGAGGCAUUAUUCGUCCUGCAUUGAGCGUUUUUUUCAUAUGUGUGAAAAGGAGAUCACAAAAGUGAAUAUUUUCCAUUCAGAAAAACUAUCAGAAGCUCAGAGGCGGUUCACAGCGCUGGAGGCGGAGCUAGACCUAAUGACGGGCGCCCAGGAGGAGGACGGCUCUACUCUCUUCAAUAAAAAGUCAUUUCAUAGGUUGUACAGGGCUCGGCACAAGUCUCUCUCGGAUCUCAAACUGGCAUUCAGUGAACUCUACCUCAGCCUGGUCCUGUUGCAGAACUAUCAGAAUUUAAAUUUUACGGGGUUUGAGAAGAUCACAGAGAAGCAUGAUGAACUGUUCGGCACACAGCGGGGAUUGGAGUGGCGGGUGUGCUAUGUGGAUACGUCUCCAUUUUCCACCAGUACAAAGACUGAUCAGCUGAUCCAGGAAGUGGAGACCCUUUUUACUAAUCGUCUGGAACAAGGAGACAGGCAGAAGGCAAUGAAGAGACUGCGGGUGCCACCGCUUGGCACUGAGCAGCCAGUUCCAGUGUGGAUCACUUUCCGUGUUGGGAUGUUUUCUGGACUUAUAAUUGCCUUCUGUUUGCUCAUCAUUAUAACAGUCUGCCGUUUACCCAGGGUAACCACUGUUUGGCCACUACUACGCUUCUACAGAGGAGGAUUUCUGAUUGUUGAAUUCUUCUUGUUUUGGGGGAUUAACUACUAUGGCUGGAGGAAAGCUGGAGUCAACCACAUCCUAAUAUUCGAACUGGACCCAAGAGACCAUCUAUCCUACCUUCAGUUAUUUGAGAUUGCCGGAUUUCUUGGAGUAACCUGGUGUGUCAGUGUCUUGAGUUGCCUAUACAGCCAGCUAUUCCCAAUUCCUCUCCAGGUCAAUCCAUUGGCUUUCUACAGCUUUCUUCUCCUCCUUCUCCUCAAUCCGACCAAAACCUUUUACUACAAGUCCAGGAUGUGGCUGCUGAAACUGAUGUACAAAGUGGCCACAGCUCCUCUACAUCGGGUGGGCUUUGCAGAUUUUUGGCUGGCAGAUCAGCUGAACAGUCUAACCCCAGUAUUUGUGGACUUCUGGUCAUUGUGCUGCUUUUAUAUAUUUGACAUGAACUGGAGGAACCCAUAUGUGAUGAAUCUGCACCCAAAAGGUCUUCAGUGCGCUAACAACUCUCCGGGAGUGAGAAGGUUCAUUCAGUGCAUCCCUACCUGGAUACGAUUUGCGCAAUGUCUCAGACGUUAUUGGGACAGCAACAAACUAUUCCCUCACAUAGUGAAUGCUGGGAAAUACGCAACUGUCUUUAUUAUGGUGACAUUUGCUGCUGUGUUCUCCAGUGAAAAAGUGUGGCCCCGGGUGAAUUCUGGAGAGACGUUUUAUUUCUAUGGGUGGGUGUUGGCAGCCUGUGCGGGCACUGUAUUUACCACCGUGUGGGACCUCAAGAUGGACUGGGGUUUGCUGGAGGUGAAUGCACAGAACAAGUUCCUUCGAGAUGAGAUGGUCUAUACAAAAAAGGUAUACUACUACUGUGCCAUCGUUGCCAAUGUCGUCCUGAGGAUAUCAUGGGUGGUCAAUAUAUUUUAUGCACAAGACAGAUUAUCUGAGGAAUCGGAGUUAGUGACCUGCAUUUUGGGUCCUCUAGAGGUUUUCAGGCGUCAUAUAUGGAAUUUCUUCCGACUAGAGAAUGAACAUUUAAAUAACUGCGGCCAAUUCCGAGCAGUCAGGGACAUCUCUAUAGCCCCCGUUCACGUCUACAGUCAGGCUGCCCUGGAGCAUUUAAUGGAUCAAGAGAAUGGAAGUAAACACCCCAGGAGAGUGAGGGGUGGCGGGAGGAAAAAUAAGAUUUCUCUGAGAAGAGCCAAAACUGAACAUCUGGAAAGUUCCAGGGCCGCAGCCGUCUUGGUUUCAGUCAUUUUCCCAUUGUAAAUCUUCUCGGGGCUAUAAUGAGGAGCUCAUGUGAAAUCUACUUUCUUAUUCGGAUUUGAGAAGCCUUUGUUCUCACACAAACAUCUUUAAAAUGUCACGUUUCCAUCUCCCAAUCUCCGGGCUCAAGAUUUUACUCAAUUACACAAGUCUCCUGGGACGGCUGGGUGGAAAUUAAACCUUCUUCUCGAUACAACCUCAUCAUCUAUUCGCUCCUGUCAUCUAUGGGGGAAAGGACCCUCCAUGAUCGUAUGUUAUAUGUUUCUAAGUGACGGUGAUGAUUCUAUAUAUUCAGAAAAAUCUAAUACCUUUAUGAUAUCAUUAGAGUGAUUCUUCUACCUGAAUGGAAGCUCUGAUGACAGCUGAGGCCUCAUGGUUGUUUACCAGGCACAGCGCCAUACAUUUUGUAGUGGCUAUAGUUGGUACUGAAGAUUACUGCAGCUCAGCCCAAGGGAAGUAAAGGGACUAAGCUACAUGUAGUAUAGAUGUGAUGGGUAAUGAAGAUUCAGCAGGGCUUGUUUGAGUGCUGUGGUGCCUUCAAUCAGCUCAGUGGGGGUGCUAGGGUCCAAACCUGCCCCGCAACCACCACCGAUCGAAUAUUAAUAGCUUAUUCUGAGGAUAGGCCGCUAAAUGCCUUUAAUGGGAAUCUGUCAGCUGUACUUGGGACUAGGAGUAGUAAAUAUUGUUGGACAGCUAUACGGGUAUAAAAUAAACAUUAUCUUUACUGGGGCUAAUGGUGGUUGCCAAACUUAGAAUUUUCUUUUUAUUUUG